UUCUUUGGAGAUUUUGAGUCUAAAUCACUGCGAAGAAACUAGUCCUGAUGUCAUUAAAUCUGAAAAAGAGAAUAUUGAGCAGCAGUUUUACCAUGGAGGAAAAGUAACUUGGAUGAAUCUCUGGCUUGCAGAUCAAAAAAUUGUUGGAGAGGUUAUUCAAAGAGAUGCUUACAAUGAAGUCAACAGUCUGGUAAAAGACUGUCUUUGUUGGAGUUUGGACCGGGCACCUAUCAGCUGCAUCAACAUGUACCAUCAUCCGGGCAGUGGUGGUAGUACAGUGGCAAGGCAGGUGCUGUGGAAUAACCGAAGGGAUCUAAGGUGUGCAGUUGUAAAACCUUCAUACUCAGCAUCGGUUGUUUCAGAAGAUGCCAUUUGGCUUUGAGAAUAUGAAGAAAAAGAUCCCCAAAAAUGCCUCCCUGUACUCCUGCUGUUUGAAGACUGUGAUCAUGAGUAUUUAGAAGAUGUCAAGUAUGAACUGGAAGUAGCCGUCAAUACCAAGAAAAUAGCACGUGGAACCCUCUGCUUCAUCCUGUUAAGUUGUAGGAGAUCUCACAAUCCAGAAAAAAUGUGCAAGGAAUCACCUCAACACAACGUUUCUAUUACUCAUAAGCUUUCAGAGACAGAAAAAAAGCAGUUUUCCAAAAAACGACAAAGCCUUGAAAAACAGUUUAAACCAGAAUUCAUUCUAACAUUUGUCCUGAUGAGUGAGGAAUUUGAGAGCCACAAAAUUAUUGAAUAUGUGAAGCAGUUUGUCAAGCAUUUACUACAAGGCAUUGAUAUCAAGUCUGUUGUUACUAAGCUUGUUCUGUAUGUGGCACUGCUCAACACUUACGUGCAGAACUCAUUCAUUUCUCGGUCACAUUGCGAAGCUCUCCUGGGUCUUUCAGUUCAUUUGGAUAGAUUUAGACAACAUGCCUUUGAGACUUCUCUGAGUGAGCAAGCUAGAUUGGUCUUAAUACAUUUGAGGGAUGAAAAAACCUACAUUAAGUUCAUCAGAAUAAUUCAUCCGCUGAUUGCAAAGGAAUUACUCCAUCAACUUCUGGGUGACAAGCAACAACAAAGUGGUCUCGCUUUGGAUCUUCUUAACAAUGAUGUGCUCUUUGAGCACAGGUUUGGUAAAGAUCAGUACAUGAAGUUCUUGCGAGAUCUGUUCAUGACACGCCGCAGGAUCAGCAAAGGUGAUAAAAUGGACACCUUCUUCUCCCCUCUAAUUGAGCAUGUGAGAGAGAAAGAAUGUCCAGAUAAAGCUAUCGAACUUCUCAAGGCGGCUUACAAGCGUUUUCACGAGGAUGCAUUUUUUGCUCAACAGCUGGCUCGACUCAAUUACAAACAUGACAGAUUUGAAGAAGCAGAACAGUGGGCAAAGACUGCUGUAGCGAAAAGGCCAAACAAUUCUUACUUUCUUGAUACCAGAGGUCAGGUGUACAGGCAAUGGUUCACAGCAAAAUUUAAAGCCAUGAAGCAAACUGAAAAAACACCUGAAAAUGUUGUAGGUGCUUUGGAAACAGCACUAAAGGCUAUUGAAUGUUUUCAGGAAUGUGAGAAAGCAGCAGUUGAAGACAAUGAGACCAUUAACAAUGCUGGCUUUUUUGGAGUAGUAGAAGUAGGAUGUGAAUUGCUAAAGCUGAUUUCCUCUCUUGAUGUGUUCUCGGGAAGAAAUCAUUCCCAAUGCAUAAAAUACCUCCUCACAGAUUAUAUGCCUGCUGAGGUAGAAAAACCAUGGGAAGUUUUUCAUGGGAAGCUGAAGAACCUCCAAAAAAUAAUACUGGAGGCACUGGAAUGGAUUUCAGAAGACUUGAGUUACUUCCAGACUGACAAGAACACCGAUGAGGAGAAGACAUCUGAGACUGUUGAGAGGACCACAAAGUACCCCAUGCACUGGCUGGUGAAUAAGUCUUCUGCCUAUGGUAAAUACUUUAGUGGUGCUUCUCAAAGUAAAGACCAAAACCAAGGAAAGUUAACUCCUGUCAUGAAACGCAUGAUGAUUUAUCAUCAUGGUGGGGGAAACAUCACAACCAUUUUUUCCAUCCUAACAAACCAGAAAGAUUGUUGUGGUCUUAACAAACCAGAAAGUCCUGUCAUGGUUCUGGAGCAAAUUAUUUCACUUUACCCAAGCAAUCCUAUGGGGGCACAAAUGCCACAAUCCGACCUUGUCAACUACAUAGCAUCACACUUUGCUUUAAGUUGCCUCUCAACUCAGUCUCCCAAGCUGGCUGCAUUUCAGGAUUUACAAAGUCUGACUGACCAGUUUCCUAGAGAGAAACAGAGGUGCUUACCAAGCACUCUUUUCUUGCUCGUCUUACUUUUCUGGCCAGAAGAACAUGACACAGAAGCAGAGAAAGAACACAAGUAUGAGAUAGUGCUCUCUGCUGUUGAACACCUCCAGAAACUCUAUGACAAGAAAUUGAAAGACAUCCCUCCAAGGAAAAAGAGGAUCUACACUCAUUUCUUCCUGAGCAAUGGGACUGGUUUUGAAAAAUUUGUCCACAAGAGUAAGUUUGAAACAAUCACAAAAAUGUUCUCAGUUUCAGAAAAACGGCUGAAAUGGUUCAGUGGAGAGUUAUGGAAAAUGCCAGAAAUGUCUAAAUUGCUGAAAUGUGUCACAGGCUGGACGGAAGACGAGAAGGUAUUUCUGGAGGGUCCCAAAGGAAUGAAAUUUCAUAUACCAGCUCUGAAGACAUCCUCAGUACCCCACAACAAUGAGAAUGUCACUUUUUACCUGGGCUUCACUCUGAAAGGACCUGUUGCAUACAACAUUACAGUACAAACAUAG